AUGAACUGCAGACGGGCAUUAGCGGCUGGCCUGGUGGGCACCGACGCCCACGAGCCGCCUUAUCUUUCAGAACCUGUCCCGGUACAGCCUGAACCUAUAGUCCAUAUGCGAAUCUUAACCGCCGUUGGAACGAUGGGCAUUGAGCCUCCAGCACCGACCGAGACCUCUGAACCAAACAUCAAAGCCUCUAACACUGAUUUUUGCACGCCUGCCUUGAUUGACCAAUCUCCACAAACACCGGAGGCGCAUGUUGAGACCGUCGCAGACUCUAUCACGUUGGUGCAGUGCAAGCAACCCACUAUGGCUUCACAAGGCCCUUACCUCUAA